AUGCAACUUCACUACACGGCAUACUCAGAGAACCCUUUUGCUUGGGAUUUUGCUGACAAUGAGACAGGCAUGCCUACACAACCGUACGAUGAACUGGGAUUAUAUUCAACAUUACUUCGCUUCAGUUACCAUGUAGCUUGUGUAUGUGGGUUUACUUUGUCAUCUACCAUGUUGUACUUGGUACUAUUCAGAACUAGUGGUCCUUUGAAACAGUACGGUCGUAUGUUAAUGUUGUGCUCAAUUACUGACAUCAGCUACUGGGCGAUGGAUAACUUUGUUCAAAUUGUAAGUGAAGAAUUGUAAAUUUUAAAUUCAUUACACAAAAACUUAAAUUUUAAAAAAAAAUUUAAGAGUUGAAUGUUAACCUUACUUAUUAAUUUUAAAAUGACGUGUUUUCAGAAAGGUAAAUUGGUUGACGGUGUAUACAUGGCCAAGUUUGAAGGCCCAGCUCAAUACUUGAGGUAUGAUCAUCAAACGAUAGCAAUGGCUUGCUUCGUUUGUACUAUGGCGUGGAUUCACACUGUAUUACCGGCUCAGUAUUACUUUCGGUUUUAUGCUGUUACACGGUAAGCAAUUUCUCUUAAUUUUUUUUCAAAAAAAGGUAGAAACUACUUUUAUGAUAAUUCCAGAUUGGACUUUAAAACAAAAAAAGUAAAAAAAUUUUGCGAUUUUUAUAGUUACAGUAUUUUUACCGUUUCUUAUUGUUCAACAAAGAAGUUGUCAAUCUUUGACAACGGCUGUAACUGUGAAAAAAAUAAAAAAAAACGUACAUAAUUUCAGAUCACAGACACUGUCAGGUCUUCAUACAUUCUUUGUCUAUUGCUUAUCUUUUGGCUUUGCUGUUCUGAUGGGCCUUUGUGCUUACAUGGGAUAUGCUUAUUCAGCUUAUGUUAGACCUGGUUACAACUAUGGUACUUUGUGGUACAGAGAAGUGCCGUUGCCAAAGGUUUUGUACGCUGAUAUUGUAAGUUUAAAAUUUUAACUUUAGUUUUUGUUUGAUUUGACAUUAAAAGAGAGGAGAAAGUCAAGAUUAUAUUCUUUGUAAUACUACGUAUAUGUAUACUAUAAUUCAUUUAAUAGUUUAUAUAAACCAGAAUGACUUUUUCAUUCUUUUGAUAAUUUUUUUAUAUUAUCUACAACAUAAUGGUGGAAAAAUUUUAAUUUUUUUUAUUUAGCGCAAUAUGUACCAAAAAGUUUACUUUUUCUACGCGAACGUGCUGGUUAGUGGAUGCUAUGUAAUGUCAUUGUACUAUGCUUACAAGACAGUACAACAUCUAAACAAGAAUAGCAGUAUGUACUCGGAGAGGACUAAGUCUAUGCAACGACAAUUGUCUCGAGCAUUGUUUUUUCAGGUAUGUCUUUAUUUAAACUUUAACUUUUUUUAAUUAUAAGUUACAGCUCUUUCAAUCAAUAGUGUCAUAUCGUCUUAUUUUUAACAAUUUUAAUUAUAGAUUAAAUUUUUUUUGAUUAAUUAAUAUUGACAUUCAGCUUUAAUGUGCAAAAAAAGUAAUAUCUUACUGUAGUAAAAGCAAGAUGAUAAAAUUAACUUUCAGAGUCUUCUUCCAGUAUUCACAUCGAUUGGUCCCAUUCUGUGCAUUUGUGUACCAUCAUUCUUCUAUAUGGACACUGGCAAGUCAGCUAUGUUAUUCAUGAACAUUACAACCUGGGUGCCGGUUUUCAACCCAUUAUUGACCAUUUCCGUCAUCGUUCCUUAUCGACGAGCUGUGCUGUCGUGCUUUGGUCGUUCCACAGUUCACGUUUCUAAAGACAGCUCAAAGCCUGAGGAUCUUACUAUGGAUAUGAUGGUAUAA